UGUAUUUACCUCCAUAUAUUUACUAGUGAAUUGAAUGCAAUUGAGAAUUUCUGGGCUCUUUUAAGAAGGAAGAUGAAGCGCGAGAAUCUGAUGGUUGAAGAAAAUUUAUCCGAGAGAAUCGCUGAUGCUUGCAACAAUGUACGUGUUAGUGAUCUUCAUGGAUUUCGUAGCCGCUUUUAG